UAACAGAAACAUUGGAAAUUGGAAAUCAUUUUAGGUCUACUGUAAUCAGCAAACUACCAGUGGUACCAAAUAUACUCUAUGUCUGCCAUGAACUAGAUGGCUAUUAACAGCUCCCUUUUUUAAAACUUUUUUUUGCACCUCAUCGAUAAAUGGCACUUUUUUGUCUUUGGCUCUGUUUUUUUUCUCCUAGAAAUACUUGGAAGGAAUUAAACAACAACAACAAUCUAAUCCAAUUCCCUGUGUAUAGUUUUACCUACUCCACAUCAUGUGUUAUAGGACAAUAAACAAGCAUACUGAAAGAGAAAUAAACCCUCAAAAUUACUAUCAGUGUUAAGGUUGAAGUAGAACCCCCCCACAACACUUACAAAUACGAUGAUGAAUCCAAACUGAUUAUAAUGCCAUUUUUAUAAAGCAAAUAAUACUAUACUGAUGAAAUUGUUUCUAGAAUGUUUAGAGUUAUAGUUCAUUUGGCUCAGGUUGUGGACACUUCUCAUUUUUUGAUCCAGCCAAUGAAUGAUUGUCAAAAGAGGAGGAGUUGAAGCUGGCAAAUAAAGAAGUAUGCUCUGUAGAUUGCAAACUUAGUGCUUGGACAGCACAAAGUGAGUUGCAAUGACCACCUCAGAGACUCACUUGAUUUUGGAGAACUAUAUUGGCGGCCAGUUCGUGCCAUGUUCCUCAUAUCUAGAUUCUUAUGACCCAUCUAUUGGUGAAGUAUAUUGCAAAGUGCCAGACAGUGGCAGGGAAGAGGUGGAAGCUGCUGUCAAAGCUGCCCAGAACGCCUUCCCAGGAUGGUCUGCCAGAAGUCCUCAAGAAAGGUCAAAAAUAAUGAGCAAGCUGGCAGAUCUUAUUGAAGAAAAUCUGGAGUCAUUUGCGCAAGCAGAAUCAAAAGAUCAAGGAAAAACCAUUUCAUUUGCCAGAACAGUGGACGUACCCCGAGCAAUAUACAAUUUUCGCUUUUUUUCAUCAUCUAUCCUUCAUCAGGCAACUGAGUGUACUCAGAUGGAUCACAUGGGCUGCAUGCAUUAUACUGAAAGAUCACCAGUGGGAAUUGCUGGCUUAAUUAGUCCUUGGAAUUUGCCCCUUUACUUACUGACCUGGAAAAUUGCCCCUGCUGUCAUGUGUGGAAAUACUGUAAUUGCCAAACCGAGUGAAAUGACAUCUGUCACAGCAUGGAUGUUGUGCAAACUUCUAAAUAAAGCAGGUUUUCCUCCGGGUGUGGUGAAUAUCGUGUUCGGAAGUGGGCCCAAAGCUGGAGAUGCUCUUGUUGCCCAUCCGGAGGUCUCUCUGAUUUCCUUCACUGGGAGCACACUUACUGGCCAGCAAAUCAUCCAAAGGUCUGCUUUGUACUGUAAGAAGCUUUCCUUGGAGCUAGGAGGCAAAAAUCCUGCUAUCAUCUUUGAGGAUGCCAACUUGGAUCAAUGCAUUCCUGCCACUGUAAAAUCCAGUUUUGCUAACCAGGGUGAAAUAUGCUUAUGUACCAGCAGAAUCUUUGUUCAGAAGAGCAUUUCCAAAGAAUUCUUGAGAAGGUUUGUCGAAGCUAUUAGAAAAUGGAAGGUUGGAAAUCCUUCAGAUCCUACAAUUGAUAUGGGAGCAUUGAUAAGUAAAGAUCAUUUAACAAAGGUAAAGAACUAUAUUCAACAGGCUCGGGCAGAAGGGGCCAAGAUCCUUUGUGGAGAGGGAAUAGACUCGUUGGAUCUUCCUCCAAGGAACCAGAAAGGCUAUUUCUUGCCUCCAACUGUCAUCACUGAAAUUGGUGAUGAUUCAUGCUGCAAUCAGGAUGAGAUCUUUGGACCUGUAACUUGUGUAAUGGUGUUUGACACAGAAGAGGAAGUGAUUAGGAGAGCCAAUGGAGUCAAAUAUGGCCUGGCAGCCACCGUCUGGUCAAACAAUGUGGGCCGGGUUCAUCGUGUUGCUAAGAGACUCCAGUCUGGAUUGGUGUGGGCCAAUUGUUGGCUUAUCAGAGAUCUGAAUUUGCCCUUUGGGGGAACGAAGUCCUCUGGGAUAGGAAGAGAGGGAGCUAAGGAUUCCUAUGAAUUUUUCACUGAGGUGAAAACAAUUACCAUAAAAUACACUGAUGUGAACUGAUAGGAAGUAAUUCAUGCCAUAAUACUGUGUGUGUUGCUUUGCCUCUCAUGAUAUAUUAAGAAAGCUAUAGUUUAUUCAUGCAUGUCUGCUAAGUGUACUAAAGAAAGGGGCAUAUGAAAAUAAUUACAUUAGAACUUACAGCUGGAAAAGAUAUGGCAGAGUCUGUCAUUAGGUCUGUGUUAACUUCAAAACAGCUGAUGGGUUUUAUCUGGCUUAGUGUGCUGUUUCCACAACAGCCAGCCAAAUGCUGAUGGGAACACACAAGCAAGACACCCCGCUCCUCACUUGUAUUCCUCAGUAAUUGCUUUGGGAACCAUCCUGUCUUUGAAAAUGAAGCUGAAAUAUGGUUGCCAUGACUAGUAACCGUAAACAGGAUUAUCGUCCAUGAAUUUGUCUAAAUCUUUCGAACCUUUACAAGUUGGCAGCUGCCAUUACAACCUGUGGUAGAGAAUUCUUUAGAUUAACUAUAUGCUAAGUGUUGCAGGACUUCCUUUUAGCAGUCCUAAAUUGAAUGUUCAUCUUUAUUGCAUAAUUUCAAACUGUAGUAUCCAGCUUUCUCCACAACCUGUCCUACCUCAUUCAACUUGGAUAAUUUUGGUAGACCUUUUUAGAAACAUCUGCAUGUCUAUAAACUCAUUUUUGAGACAGUGACUGGACUUGAACAGUCUUGUAAAGUAUUGGGCAUUAAAAUUUAAAUAAAGUGCA